AAUAAGCAAUGCAUGUGGCCGUGUGGUGGCCGGGUCGUGGCGAGUGUGCGUGCAAGCUACAACAAUAUUGUGUUUAGUCGAGUCAAAUGCAUGCACGGGUUAGUUACUGGCUGCAUGGAUAAGUUAUUAGCUGGGAGGGAUUUCAGGGUAGUUACCUGGGCGUGCGCUACGUGAAGUUAGUGGCAGAACCUGGCGGCUAGUUAGUACGUGUGUGAGGCCAGCACCUUGUAUAUAUGUUGCAUAUCAAGCAAUGAGAAAGAGGCCGAGAGGGCUGGAAAACAAUGUAGCCACGGUGUGAUCACCAAGGGAGCCUCUUGGCAAAGCUUGUGUGUUCUUCCUUGGUGCAUGUGUGCGUGUGUGUGUGUGGAGUUUCUCCUUGAGUGAGGCAAGAGGUAGAAGAAGGGCGUUGCGGCGAGGAGGCGGCGCCAACAUUUGGUAUUCAGAGCCACAAGGUUCGAGGGGCGGCCGUGGUGCGCGGUGGCGUCCGCGGCGGACGGGGCGUGCGCGGCCGACAUGGAGGCAUCGGCUGCGGCGCAUGGCGAGCGCGUGGUGACGGCGACGCGUGGCGGGUCCGCGGCGGUGCGGUGUGAUGUCGUGCGCGCGAAGAGCACGGUGGUCGCGGAGACGAGGAGGUCGCGGAGGACCUGCGUGGUGGCGCAGAGGUCGCGGCGGCUUGGCGCGACAACCGUGGAGGCGCGUGGCACGAAGCCGCGGCGGACCUGCGUGGUGGCGCAGAGGCUGCGGUGGCGCGGCGUGGCGGCAUGGAGGUGCUGCGCUAUGGUUGAGGCCGCAGCGGUGCAGGGCAAUAAGUCGCGGCGGCGAGCCGGGCGCGACCGGUGCGUGUUAUGGGUGCGCACUGGACGCGUCGGGCACGUCGGGACCGCGGGCGCGCGUACGAGCAUGCGGUUGACGUUGGAGGAGGCGUAUGUCGCCGUUGUGCUCGAGUCCGUGCUCGAGUUCGCCUACAUCCUUCUGGCGUUUGUCGUUGGCGGCUGCCAUGGCGGACGCGUAGGCAGCGCGCGGUGAGCGACUGGUGCGGUCGGGCUCGUCGGGCGCGUCGGGUGCGCGCGGGACGUGCGGGAUGCACUGUUGCGGUCGGGCGCGUCGGGUGUGCGCGGGACAUGCGGGGCGCCGAGGGACGCCAGGCGUGUGUCGCGGUGGAGAAGGAGCUCGGCGUGUGUCGCCGGAGUCGUGAUAGAGCACGGUGUGACCGGCGUCGUUGCGCCAGGUCGGGUCCGCGGGCUGGGUCACGAUCGUGGCGACAUCAACGACGGAAGCUGCAACAACUCCGACAACGACGAUGUCAUGGCUUAGAGGGUGAGUGAUGGCAAUAAGCAAUGCAUGUGGCCGUGUGGUGGCCGGGUCGUGGCGAGUGUGCGUGCAAGCUACAACAAUAUUGUGUUUAGUCGAGUCAAAUGCAUGCACGGGUUAGUUACUGGCUGCAUGGAUAAGUUAUUAGCUGGGAGGGAUUUCAGGGUAGUUACCUGGGCGUGCGCUACGUGAAGUUAGUGGCAGAACCUGGCGGCUAGUUAGUACGUGUGUGAGGCCAGCACCUUGUAUAUAUGUUGCAUAUCAAGCAAUGAGAAAGAGGCCGAGAGGGCUGGAAAACAA